AUGCCGCUAAAUGCAGACGACAUCGCUAAACGUUAUCCAAUUCAUUGGCUUGUUUGGAAUAACGAGCACGAAGAACUCAAAAACUUAUUGGAAGCCAAUAAGUUCACAAAAGAGGAUAUAGAACUGCGGGAUCCUCGCGGACGCACUCCCCUGUUGUUGGCUGUGACUCUGGGAUACAUAGAGGCGGUUCAAGCGCUGAUCGACGCUGGUGCUGAUGUCAACUGUGAAAAAGAUGGGUGGACAGCGGUACAGGAGGCGACGGCGACAGGCGACCCACAGUUACUGUCGCUGGUGCUAUCUCGGCGCGACAAACAGCGACACUUGGCGCGCUCCAGUGGCGUGCCCGAACUGCUGCGUCGGCUCAGCCUCGCGCCCGACUUCUACGUUGAGAUGAAGUGGGAGUUCACCAGCUGGGUGCCGCUGGUGUCACGCAUUUGUCCGUUCGACACGUACAAAGUGUACAAGCGCGGCGGGAAUGUGCGCGUGGACACUACUCUUGCCGGCUUUGACGAGACACACUGGCAGAGAGGAGAGCGGACGUAUAUAUUCAGAGGGCAGGGCACGCGCGCCAGCCUGGUGGAGCUGGACCACGAGCUGGGUACCGCGUGGAGCGAGCACAUGGAGGCCGACGCGCCCUGCGCCUGGCCGCCGCCGCCCCGCGCCGCGCUGCAGCAGCGCCUCGCCGCGCCGCUCGCGCUCAACUACCUCGACACCGACAAGAUCAGCUUCGAGAGAAACAAAAGCGGCAUCUGGGGUUGGCGGCAGGACAAGACGGAGACGGUAAACGGGUACGAGUGCAAAGUGUUCAGUGCGAACAACGUGGAGCUGGUGUCGAAGAGCCGCAGCGAGCACCUGCCGCGGGGCGAGCGAGCGCGGGCCGCGCCGCGCGCGCCGCUGGCCGGCCUGCUCGCGCUCGCCGACCGGGACGCGCCCGCCGACACCGCCGACCCCGACGACCCCGACGACCCCGAAGACCCUGAACAGGAGGAUCUGCCUCGGACAAGCCGAUCACGUGAAGAUCUUCAACCAGUGUCAUGGGCGGAGUAUUUCAGUGAUGAACCCUUAGAGAAGGACAUCGGACGACCCAAAGAGAUCACCACUAAAGUGCAAAAGUUCAAGGCAACGCUGUGGCUUUGUGAGGACUACCCGCUUGAACUCCAGGAACAGAUAAUGCCAAUUCUCGACCUAAUGACAGCCAUUUCGUCACCACAUUUUGCAAAACUCAAGGACUUUAUCCAGAUGCAACUGCCCGCAGGAUUCCCUGUGAAAAUUGAGAUCCCCUUGUUCCACGUGGUGAACGCUCGGAUCACGUUCGGCAACAUCUUCGCGACGGAGUCCCCGGUGGCGCACAUCUCGUGCAUCCGGGAGGGGGAGCGGCUCUCGUGCGUGGUGGACGACGCGUGCUUCGAGGUGGGGCGCGGCUACCGGCCCGUGGUGCCAGGAGUCCGCGAGUCCAGCGGCACGGACGACGAGGACGCGCUGCUGCAGUACGCCAUACAGCAGAGCCUCAUGGAGGCAGGCACGCAUGAUGACCAGGUGGACGUAUGGGAAGCCUUGCGCGGGGCUCGGCCCUCGUCCCCCGCGAGCCCCGCGUCCCCCGCGGCGCCUCCGCCCCGCGGGCUGCUGGCCGAUGAGGAACGACAGCUACAGAGAGCGAUAGAGGCGUCGCUAUCGUUGUCCAACCUGGGCGCGGAGGCGGAGCUGCUGAGCGGCGCGGACGCGGAAGCGGGAGCGGAGGCGGAGGCGGAGGCGCAGGCGGAGGCGGAGCUGCUGAGCGGCGCGGACGCGGAAGCGGGAGCGGAGGCGGAGGCGGAGGCGCAGGCGGAGGCGGAGCUGCGCGCGGCGCUGGCGCUGUCGGCGCGCGAGCAGGCCGAGCGCGACCGCCGCCUGCGGGACGAGCAGCACGCUUUAGACGAAGCUCUACGCUUGUCGCUCAUCGACAAGUAG